GACAGCGAAAAAACUAUUUAAGAAAUCCUUGAAUCAUUAAGUUACAAAUAUUAUGGCUGGUCCAUUUAUAUCGCCACUGCCCGGUGAUCUGCUCACGGAGUAUAUGUUCGGCCGGAGGCGACAGCGCCGGAAUCGAACGACCUUCACGCCCCAGCAACUCCAGGAACUGGAGGCCCUCUUCCAGAAAACUCACUACCCAGAUGUAUUCCUUCGCGAGGAGGUCGCCCUGCGGAUCAGUCUCAGUGAGGCGCGCGUUCAGGUGUGGUUCCAGAAUCGCCGGGCCAAGUGGCGCAAGCAGGCGCGACUGCAGUUGCUGCAGGACGCCUGGCGGAUGCGCUGCCUCAGCCUGGGCACGCCCCCCGUUAUGGGCGGCGGAUCGGGACAGGGCGGAUCUGGGGCUCCGGGCGUUCCGGCCCGACCGCCCAGCCAAACGCCCGAGAACCUCUCGUCCGGCGGCAAGGAUUCCGACAUGUCGGAGGUGAACAAUGGCGCCACUUCCGGUAGCUUCACCAUGAUGCAUCCGGCAUUCCAGCAGCAGCAGCAGCAACAACAACAACAGCAGCAGCAGCAGGGACACCAGCAGGUGCAGCAGGAUCAGGACAAGCUAUCGAAGACGUAUACGGAACUCAAGCUCUACAAGGCACCCACUCACGGCAUGGAUCUGGGCGGAAUGGCCGCCCUUUCCGGACACUCCGACGAGGGAUCCGAUGGCUCCGAUUCCGAGGAGAUCGAUCUCACCUCCGGCGCCUGCAUCGAUUUCUCGCAGAGCAGCAAGCUCCAGCAGCAGCAACAGCAACAACAGCAGCAGCAGCAGCAGGCCAAUCAGGCAGCAGCUGAAGCAAAUGGUGUCCUUUAGACAAGGAUAAUGGCAAGCGAGAGGGCGGGGGUUAUGAAUGCGACAAAGGAUAAGGAAACUGGAUACCCGUAUGGUGUUCGCUCGAACAUUUUGAACAUUUUUAAAGAAUUCCUUUUUUUGCAUAACCUAAUAACCAAAUAAAAUAGGAACAAAUAUAGGAAAGCUCUCAUCCAAUUUUGUUAAAGAUUUAAAAAAAAUAUAUCAAAAGUCGACGAGUCGUAUUCAAACAACCUACAAAACUUUAAAAAUCGAAAUUCAAAUUUCGAGCGAACACUAUACUCAUAAAUAUGGUGGUGUAUAUAAAGGAAAUUUAAUGUGCAUUUUAUUUAAUCAUUUACAUCUGUAUAA